AUGGACACGGUGACGGCCGACAUCCAAACCGCCCACCCGUGGUCGCUCCUCUUCGCUGACAAUGUAUUCUUGGCAAGCAAAGACCGUCAACAGCUGCAAGACCAAAUGCAGCAAUGGAAGACUCGACUGGACAAGUACGGAUUGUGGCUAAACAUCAAGAAGACCGAGUAUAUGGAAUGCGGGCCUCAGACAAACGGAACCAUCAGCAUUGACGGCAAAGAUCUGAAGGCGGCGACCAAUUUCAAGUAUCUCGGAUCUGUCAUCAGCAGCGACGGCGACACCCUCCCGGACGCCCGAACCCGAGUCAACGCCACCUGGAUGAAAUGGGAUCAGCCAUAUGAUGGUGCUGCCAAUAUGUAUAUUCAAAGCCAUAUUUUCAGCAGUAACAGCAGGUUCAGAAGGACCAUCAAUAUCACUCAGACCAUUGUGCCCAACAAGGUGGACAGUGCAAGAAACCUCUGCCAAGGGACUGAUUACGUCAUCAGACUAGGCCACCUUCUUCCAUUGCUCCGUGGUGCAGUUCUGAUGCUCACAUGCCCACUGUUGGUGCUUUCGGUGCUAGACAGGGCUCAGCAUGGACACCCUGACUGGAUGUCAAGUCUUUCCAAGCGGACAAAGAAAUAG